AUGCAUCCCCAUCUGCACACGGAGGAAGUCCAGAAGAGCUGCGCCGACGUCGUCGCCGCGCUCGACGAGUGCCACGCCCGCGGCUUCCUCUGGAAAGUCACCGGGAACUGCACAGACGCAAAGUACAGAGUCAACAUGUGCCUGCGCGGGCUGCGGCUCGAGAAGACUCGGCAGAACCGCGAGGCGGCCAAGGAGAAGCGCGAGCACAUCAAGAAGGUGUGGGCGGACCUGGACGCGGACAAGUACACCGAGGCGGAGCGGCUGGAGCGGCUGGGGGCGAGGGAGGAGAGGAGAGAGGGCAUGCAGGGUAUGCAGGGUACGCAGGUGUAG